GUAGAUAAAUAAGGACGCCAUCUAUUGUUACCUCGUGGAGUACAGCCACGUCACUUAAAAUUAAGGUAGACUCCAAAACAGUGAAACUAUUUCGAAAUGAAUAUUUUCAGGCUUACUGGAGAUUUAUCUCAUUUAAUAGCCAUAAUUAUACUUCUACAAAAAAUUUGGCAUUCAAGAUCAUGUGCAGGUAUAUCUGGAAAAAGCCAAAUUCUAUUUGCAUUAGUUUAUACCACAAGAUAUCUGGACUUGAUGUCAUCCUAUGUGUCCCUAUAUAAUACUGUUAUGAAAUUCGUAUUUUUGGCUACAUCUUAUGCUACUCUCUAUUUAAUCUAUUUGAAAUUCAAAGCUACUUAUGACCACAACCACGACACAUUCAGAAUUGAAUUCUUGAUUUUACCAUCAUUCGGAUUGGCAAUGGUGAUCAAUCAUGAAUUUUAUUUCAUGGAGGUUUUGUGGACAUUUAGUAUUUAUCUUGAAUCCGUGGCUAUUUUACCUCAACUUUUUAUGGUCAGUAAGACUGGUGAAGCAGAAAGUAUUACUUCCCAUUAUUUGUUUGCUUUGGGAUCUUAUAGAGGAUUGUACAUCUUGAACUGGAUUUACCGUUAUGUUACUGAAUCCCACUAUGAUCUCAUUGCUAUAGUAGCCGGUGUUGUGCAAACUGUACUAUAUUGCGAUUUCUUCUAUCUUUAUAUUACCAAAGUUCUGAAAGGAAAGAAACUUCAGUUGCCAGCUUAAAAACCAACCUAAAGACUAAACUGUACAAAACUUUAUUUUAAAUUCAGCUAAAAGGGGUAUUAAAAACAAUUAGUUUUAAGUAAUAUAUUUGGAUAGUAAACAAUUAUCCACUCUUAUUUUUUUUGUAAAAAUAUUUACCUUAUGUUUAAAUAUGAUUACAAAGGAUUACUGUUGAAAUAUUUUUUGUUUAAAUUCUCUUUUAAAAUCAAAAUAUAUUAUUUUUUCAUUUCGUUCUGAUCAUACCUUAGAUUAUUGUAGUCUUUGAUUCCCUAUUUGGCAUUUUUAUAAACACAUACGAUGAUUAAAAACACUUUUGACCUCAAGUUUGAUCUAAUUAUAUCAUAUACCAAAAUGGUCAUUAGAUGCCACUAAAUGUGUUAAAAUAAAGUUACAUUGUAGACAGUUUUCUACAAAUUUUGUAAAAAGUACUAGUAAUUUUUAAUUAUUAUACUGAUAAAGAGAGUGCUACUAGGUAGGUGAAAAAAAUGUAUAAUCUUAAAAUCAAUUAUUCAUAUUCAUAACUUUUUAUUGGCUUUUAUAAAAUUAUCGUGUAUGAAUGAAGGUGUACAGAAAAGGAUUUUUUUAUUAGAAAAUUACCCAGUUACGUGUGAUUCAAUGGAAUUUUGUAUUUGCUACAACAAAUCAAGUCUGGUCAAAAUGGAAAAAUAAAAAAUAUAAACCUCCGAUAAUACCUGUCUAAUACAGCCUGUAAACAUCAACCUUGGGAUCCUGUGGUAACCAAAAAGCACUACAUCCUUGAAGAGGAAAGAAGACAACAGUUUCCAAUAUUCCUAGUUGAAAAUAUCAAUUAAAACUUAAUUUAAUAAGGUUUUCUUUAAAUUACCAUGUUAAAUAUUCAGGUGAUUAGUGAACAAUGUGCAACAAAUUUUUUGAGCAUCCAUUUGUUUGUAGUUUUGUUUACGAUAUGAGUAUAAUGAGAAAGUGUUUUACAGAAAAAUAAUUUCUGUAUUGUCUUUUUUGUACACCUGUAUUAUACUAUUCGACGCAAGUGUGACAGUACACCCUAAAUGUGAAAAUUAGAUUGUAAAGCUACCUUCUGUAAAUAGUGCAUUAUACCAAAAGAACUUGAAUACAUUAUUUACUCUUGUUGAGAAAAAUUAUGCAGUAAUCCAAGUAAGAAGUGAUACACCUCAUUUUUAUAUAAUAAAUAUUUAGUGUACAAUUAAAAAAACAAAAUGCAUAGUUUUUCUCCAUUUUUCAAAAUUUUGUUCAUAAUCUUAGAUUUUUCAUUAAUAUGUGUAACAUAUUUAUUUGGUGUGUUUAAUAUUCGUUUUCUAAAAAACCAUGUUUUAGAUCUUCCCAAUAAAAGUAGUUUUUAUGUUUUGGAUAAA